AUGCGUAACAGGGCUUGACAGCGCGCGGAGAAAAAACCAGCAAGAAGGCGGCGGGAGAAGAUGGCGGUCCUGGGGCUGAAUUUGCAAUCUUUCUGACUAGGCUAGUCGAGUAACUGUUCGGGUCAUGGCAUCAAACUCAACUAAGUCUUUCCUGGCAGAUGCCGGCUACGGCGAACAGGAACUGGAUGCCAACUCUGCCCUUAUGGAAUUGGACAAAGGCCUAAGAUCUGGCAAACUUGGUGAACAGUGCGAAGCAGUUGUUCGCUUUCCCAGACUUUUUCAGAAGUAUCCAUUCCCUAUUCUUAUCAAUUCCGCAUUUCUAAAGUUAGCUGAUGUUUUCAGAGUUGGAAAUAAUUUCCUGAGGCUAUGUGUUCUUAAAGUUACCCAACAAAGUGAGAAACAUUUGGAGAAGAUUCUAAAUGUGGAUGAAUUUGUGAAGAGAAUUUUUUCUGUGAUUCAUAGUAAUGAUCCCGUGGCAAGAGCCAUCACACUCCGGAUGUUGGGAAGUCUGGCAUCAAUAAUUCCUGAGAGGAAGAAUGCUCAUCAUAGUAUUCGUCAGAGUUUAGAUUCACAUGAUAAUGUAGAAGUUGAAGCCGCUGUUUUUGCUGCUGCAAACUUCUCUGCACAGUCAAAGGAUUUUGCUGUAGGAAUCUGUAACAAAAUCAGUGAAAUGAUUCAAGGUUUAGCGACACCAGUAGACUUGAAGCUAAAAUUGAUACCCAUCCUACAGCACAUGCACCAUGAUGCAAUCCUGGCUUCCAGUGCUCGUCAGCUUUUACAACAGCUGGUCACAUCUUAUCCAUCCACCAAAAUGGUGAUUGUUUCUUUGCACACUUUCACUCUGCUUGCAGCUUCAUCUUUGGUUGAUACACCUAAGCAGAUUCAGCUUCUGUUGCAGUAUUUGAAGAAUGAUCCCAGGAAAGCAGUAAAGAGACUUGCUAUUCAAGAUUUGAAAUUACUUGCUAAUAAAACACCACAUACUUGGAGUAAGGAGAACAUUCAGGCACUUUGUGAGUGUGCCCUCCAGACGCCUUAUGACAGCUUAAAACUAGGGAUGUUGUCUGUCCUUUCCACACUAUCAGGGACCAUCGCCAUCAAACAUUACUUCAGUAUAGUUCCAGGAAAUGUGAGUUCUUCUCCCAGAUCUUCUGAUUUAGUCAAAUUAGCCCAAGAGUGCUGUUACCAUAAUAACAGGGGUAUUGCAGCUCAUGGAGUUAGAGUCCUAACUAAUAUAACUGUUUCUUGUCAAGAAAAAGAUCUUUUGGCACUGGAACAAGAUGCUGUCUUUGGCCUGGAAUCCCUACUGGUACUUUGCAGUCAAGAUGAUAGUCCAGGGGCUCAGGCCACUUUAAAGAUUGCUCUAAACUGUAUGGUGAAGUUGGCCAAGGGCAGGCCCCAUCUUAGUCAGACAGUGGUUGAGACCUUGUUGACUCAGUUGCACAGUGCUCAGGAUGCUGCCCGGAUUUUGAUGUGCCACUGUCUGGCAGCCAUUGCCAUGCAGCUGCCGGUGCUGGGUGAUGGGAUGCUUGGUGACCUUAUGGAACUGUACAAGGUGAUUGGACGAUCAGCCACAGACAAGCAACAAGAACUUCUGGUGAGUUUGGCUACUGUGAUUUUUGUAGCAAGUCAGAAGGCAUUAUCUGUGGAAGUAAAGGCAGUGAUUAAGCAGCAACUUGAAAGUGUCUCCAAUGGAUGGACUGUAUACCGUAUUGCCAGACAGGCUUCCAGAAUGGGUAAUCAUGACAUGGCCAAAGAGCUUUAUCAGAGUUUGCUGACUCAGGUUGCCUCAGAACACUUCUACUUCUGGCUAAAUAGUCUGAAGGAGUUCUCACAUGCAGAGCAGUGUCUCACUGGGUUGCAAGAGGAAAACUAUAGUUCAGCACUUUCUUGCAUUGCUGAGUCUUUAAAAUUCUAUCACAAGGGGAUUGCUUCCUUAACAGCAGCUAGCACACCACUGAAUCCUUUAAGUUUUCAAUGUGAAUUUGUAAAACUCAGGAUUGACCUUCUACAAGCCUUCUCUCAACUUAUCUGUACUUGUAAUAGCCUAAAAACAAGCCCCCCACCUGCAAUUGCCACAACAAUUGCCAUGACCCUAGGAAAUGACCUUCAGAGGUGUGGUCGAAUCUCCAAUCAGAUGAAACAGUCCAUGGAGGAAUUUCGGAGCCUUGCUUCUCGAUAUGGGGAUCUUUACCAGGCCUCUUUUGAUGCUGACUCAGCAACUUUGAGGAACGUCGAACUACAGCAGCAGAGCUGUUUACUGAUAUCUCAUGCAAUAGAAGCCCUGAUUUUGGAUCCAGAAUCAGCAAGUUUCCAGGAAUAUGGAUCUACUGGAACAGCCCAUGCUGAUAGUGAAUAUGAAAGAAGAAUGAUGUCUGUAUAUAAUCAUGUCUUGGAGGAGGUAGAAUCACUCAAUCGGAAAUAUACCCCUGUUUCUUAUAUGCAUACAGCAUGCCUCUGCAAUGCCAUCAUUGCUUUGCUGAAAGUUCCCCUUUCUUUCCAGAGAUAUUUUUUCCAGAAACUACAGUCUACUAGCAUCAAGCUUGCUCUGUCACCAUCGCCCCGGAACCCUGCAGAGCCCAUUGCUGUCCAGAAUAACCAGCAGCUGGCGCUAAAGGUAGAGGGUGUGGUUCAGCAUGGAUCUAAACCAGGACUCUUUCGCAAAAUUCAGUCUGUCUGUCUGAAUGUUUCUUCCACCCUGCAGAGUAAAUCCGGACAAGACUACAAGAUACCCAUUGACAACAUGACCAAUGAGAUGGAGCAAAGGGUUGAACCUCAUAAUGAUUACUUCAGUACUCAAUUUCUGUUGAACUUUGCUAUCCUUGGAACACACAAUAUUACAGUGGAAUCUUCAGUGAAAGAUGCCAAUGGUAUAGUGUGGAAAACUGGUCCCAGAACUACCAUAUUUGUAAAAUCCCUAGAAGACCCUUAUUCCCAGCAAAUUCGCUUACAACAGCAGCAAGCCCAGCAGCCAUUACAGCAACAGCAGCAGCGCAAUGCCUACACACGGUUUUAACCAUGGGAUCAAUGCACUGCAAACUUUGAAGAGAUCAAUCACAUUGGCAGAAACAGUUUUUCAUAUGGAAUAAGUAUGAAAGUUACAAUGUAGUUCAUUUAUUCAUUGAUUUUUGUAAUAUUCUGGAAAAAUUUUGUUUGAAAAAUAAUUGGGCUCUUGGAUAGCAAGAUCGUUUUUUCUUGUUUUAUUAUUACUGUUUUUUCUUUUGCUGGGCUUUUUCUUUCAAGAAUAGUCACAUGUUGAGAUCAUUAAAUUAGUAAAUUUGACUGCUCCUCUUCCAAAAUACAUCAUUUGUUGCCUGAGUUAGACCUAGAAUUCUGAGAUGUUCAUUGGGAAGUUCUGACCAGUCACUACAAGGUUUAUCCAUGGUAGCAGAACCCGAGUCCUUCUAUAGAUGGACUUGAAAAGUGUUCCCUGCAACAUCCAGCCUUCUGGAUUAUGAAAGCCCACAGUCUAGUAGUAUUGAAACAUCCUACUGUAUUAUUUGAACCACAUAUCUAUCAAUCUAUCUAUUCCUGUGCUAAAGCAAUCUUAAUUUAUUAUUUUCAUAUUUAAUUGACACACAGAGCAGCUAGAAAUUUCAUAGAAAAUUAAGGAUUAAUAAUGUGUUUUUUUCUCAUGUCUGCGACUGUAUAAUACAGACAUUUCACAUUGGUUCUAAAAGUGAAAAAAAAAUCACUCCUUUAAUAUCUUAAUGUUUUAAGUUAGAAGGGGUGGAUCUUUUCCUUUGGUUGGUGAUUGCUUUUGUUUCUACUUGAUGAGUUAUGCUAGACUUGAUUGUUUAGAGAGAGCAGUCUCUUCAUAACAUAGGCUCAGUUAGUUGGGAUGCUCAGGGAACAGAGUUUUCCAGUUAGCCAGAAACUGCCCCCCACUUUUUUUUCUUUUUUUCUUAUUUUAAUAUUGGUUAAAAACGAUGAUAAAAUAGACUUUCUUAACACAGUGUACUAGAUGUAACUUAAUUGCUUCUUGACUGGGGAUCAUUUAGGGCUUUGGGACCAUGAUUUGUAAACAUCAGGGAUCAUAUGAUUGCAGAUAUUGAUGCUGUAAGUAAAUUGCCAGGAUGCAGCUCCUAAGGUAAAAAAGCAGGGUACUUUCCCUGGAAUUUCCCUUUUUUAAUAAACAUCUCAGUUUCUUUGUU